GGCGACCAACGGAAGCAUUCGGUUUCGGUGGUGCUGACGCAGCUGGUGUCGGAGGUCGUGGACAGGAUCACGUUCAACAACAAGGACUACCGCGCCCAUUACCCGCCGCAUAAGCCCAUUGUCUACGGCCACGCGCGCUGUCCGUGGACGUUCGGGAUCAAAUCCACGUGCCGCAGCUGCGUCAGGGCGGCCAAGAAGCUGCUUCUCCAUGGCUGCCCGCAUUAA